AUGGCCAAGUCGGACGGCCCGCUUCGCGAUGCGAUCCAAGUCGCCAUCUGCCCCGAUCAGAAGGCGCUAGCCCAAAUACCCUUCAUCGAGUUCAUCAUCGGCAACAAUGGAAUCGUCAUUGUCAAUCCGAAGACGCCGAGUCUGACUCUCUUCACCCGUCCCUUCAAGAACGAUCCCGCCAACGCCACCAAGACGAUCGCGCGCCGUGCUACCGAACUUCUCAAUGCGUACUUUGCCGUCGUUGAUGUCGCCCAGGAGAAGAAUCUGAAGGCAGCGCGGCAACCGAGCAAGGCCUGGGGCCUAGUUUUGGAGUAUCUACGCACCAAGAACUGGCCUGCCUACUCGGUUACAGAUGAGAAGAUGCAGCUGGUCAUGGUAGCCUUUGCGGAUGCACGCAAGCGCUAUCUCGACAACGGUGGCAGCGGAAAAACGGUUCCCCUCAAAUCAAGCUUCUUCAAGACCCUCGCCGAGCUGCUGGACAAGUUCAAUGAUAUGCGCUACCCUCCCGCUCUGCCUCUCGAGUCCCAGACCUCCGAAGACGCCACUGCUUCUACCGCGUCAUCAACGCCAGCCGACCUCCCCUCCCGUCAAGCUAGCCCCGAAGGCACAGCAGACUCCCUCUUCCAUGAUGACAGUCUUACGUUCUCGCUUUUCGAGGAACUUCAGCAAGUGAAGGACGAUUUGGAAGAGGCCAAGGCUAGAAUCGUGGAGAUCAAGGAGGAGAACAAGAAGGAGAAGGAGAUGACAAAGCGCAUGGUCUGGUGCCCUGUACUUCCUGCGAUGAACGAGCUCCAGGGGCUGAAAGGUCUGCCGGUCUAG